AUGGAUAUAUCUCAAAUCUCCAAGCAGCUUUCGCCAGCACCCAAAAGAUUUCCAGACUGCUGCUUGGCCAUCUCCAGCACUUUGAUCACCUACCUUGCCUCUCUCCUCCCAAAAAAGCCCGCCUUCACCCUCUCAAUCGGCAGCGGAUCUGGCCUUCUCGAAGGUCUGAUCGUCCAUUGCGACCAAAAUGUGUCCAUCGAGGGUGUUGAGGUGGAUUCCACUAUUAAUCGGUAUAUUGCCGAAGAAGAUAUGAAUGUCGUCGGCGGAGGCUGGGGCCUUUGGUCUGCCGCCCAACAGGCUGCAGCGUGGAUGUUUGUCUACCCACGCGAUCCAAAACUCAUCACCAAAUACAUUGAUACGCAUGGUGAGGCUGUUGAUUUCAUUGUCUGGCUCGGGCCUCGGGUCGAUUGGUCAGACUAUGAGCCGCGGUUCUCUCAAUCUCCAUUCUCUGAAUUGAGUUUUCCAGAUCAGAUCGGGUUAACGCCAUAUGAAACUGUGGUUGUUGCUAGAAGAGCCACUUGA